AUGAAGUUUAUAAUCUUCUUCCUUACAUUCUUCCCAGCGGCAUCGCUUUCGCUAUCAAAGCGCAACUGCCAGACCUUUAAGCUAGAAUCGCCAAAUGACUCCAAAGGCUACUUUGAUGAAGGCAGCUCCAUUCGUGUCACUGAGCUGGUCAACUGCACUGCAGAGAGAGCAAAGAAAAACGGUGAUAACAGGGGUAAUUGCAGAAUCCAGGGCACCAAGAUAGGCAUUAUCGCCAAUUCAACCAUCAUUCAGGCCGACGGUAUACCCCUCGAUACCUCCCUAAAGAAUAAGAGAAGCAUCCUCAAAGCAGCACGAGAUGUAGCGGACUCUAAAACGAUGGAGUACGUCACUUUGCAGCGACCUGCAGUCAUACCAUACACAAACUCAUCCUGGGUCAUACCCAAAGGCAAGCGUGGAUACUGGGUCUGGACGCCUGAUAUGAACUGUUGGCCCGGGACUCUGGAUGAUUUUGAUGAUGAUCUGGAUGAUACUGAGGUGGUGGUCUGUGGGUUCAGGAUUGAUAGGAAAGGGAGUAAUGAAAGCGACGCCAAGUAUCGUGGCGACGUUGGAUUUGUGGAGGAUGAUGACCCCAAUUCUAGGAUUAAGCCUGGUGUCAGGCCAUGGCCAGAUUAUGAUGAGGCAGUUGGUAUGGCUGAGGAAUGGGAGAAGAAUGAUGUGCAGGAAGAGGAGUCGUUGGCUACAAGAUUUUAUAAUGUUGUCCCGACUCUCGUUUGGUCAUUGCUUGUCUCUCUGUUUGCAGUAGUUUAA